AUGAGAGUGUACCCGACGAAAAUGAUGAGGACUCUGUGGAAUCUUCUGGAACCUGAAGUAAUAAUAAUUGUUAGCACCGCGAGGUUUAGUACCAAAAUUACCAGAGUAUUGUCGAAAAUGCGACUGCCGCCAACGCCUCACUGGCCGCCAUUCUUCUGACAAUUCUCUGCAUUGACACGUGAGCAAUUUUUAUGAGUUCGUCAAAGACUAAAGUUUUUUCCAGCUUCAUUGGUUGGCGCCAGACCUUAUUUUUGGCAACAAGCGUCGACGAUCAGAUGUCUACAGUCGUCUACUUCUUCGCAAUGGUCGCCUACUUUGUGAGUAUCCAAAGUUUAAUUGAAAUAAUUAUUUCGUCUAUCAGAUGGGAUGUGCCAUCCUCGGCACUUGCAUGUGUGAAUCGCCACGAAGUCUGAAAAGCACACGUGUUUAUAUAACUAUUAUUCAUUACAUUUGCGUGGUGAUCUACUUCUUCUACUGGGAUUCGUUAUCUUUGGACGACUGGAACCCGGUGAUUUACUACAUGCCAAUGUUCUAUCAAUGUAUGUUUCUAUUUCAUACAUAGAAAGAGAGAGCCUCAUUCUGAACAUUAACUUCCAGAUACCUACUUGUUAUUCCCCUUCCUUCUGUACUUCCACGUGGUUCACACCGGAGCCUGCACAUAUCAUCUUUGCAAGGAAAAAGUUCUACAAGCAGAAGUCCUAUUCUGA